CAAAGCCGCGCGGGAGGCAGCGGCGCGGCGUCUAGGCGCAGCGGCUCGGGAGCGCGGCGGGGCGGCGGCUCCGCCAGGGCAGCCCGGGCAGCGCCGGCCGGUGAUCAAUGUGGAUAAACUUAAUUCUCUGGUGCCUCCCAAACUGUGUUUUACCGAAGUCCGUUCUUUUGGAGGACAGAUCCAAUUCCAUGAAAUUUUUUAAUUCUUCUUUUAGAAGACAAGUCCAGAGGCCAGUUUCAUCAAAUCUUUCACUGUCCAAAGAGGGAGCUCUGCCUUCUCCAGCUCUCAGCCCCACUGGUCAAGGUCUCACUGAACUGCACUAGACCUCCCAUCCGGGGACCCUGCCCCCUGCCCCUUGUCUGCACUGUGAAUCUGGGUAAAAGAAAAAACCAGUGUGUAUGUGUGACUGUCAGAUCAGUAAGAGAGAAACAAACACGAGUGGAGGAAAGAUGGAGAGGCACUGAGGAGGAACCGUAGAUCAAGGUGGCACUCAGGAAAUGCUUGUCUCCUGCCGUUGAUGAAUAGUUUCAGAAUACUAUGGAUCAUGCUGAAGAGAAUGAGAUCCUUGCAGCAGCCCAGAGGUACUGUGUGGAAAGGCCUAUCUUUAGUCAGCCAGUCCUGCAGGAAAGACUGCACAAGAAGGACAAGGUUUCGGAUUCCAUUGGGGAUAAGCUGAAACAGGCGUUCACAUGUACCCCUAAGAAAAUACGAAAUAUCAUUUAUAUGUUCCUACCCAUAACUAAGUGGUUGCCAGCCUACAAAUUCAAGGAGUAUGUGUUGGGUGACUUGGUCUCAGGCAUAAGCACAGGGGUGCUUCAGCUUCCUCAAGGUUUAGCUUUUGCAAUGUUGGCAGCUGUGCCCCCAGUGUUUGGCCUGUACUCUUCAUUUUACCCUGUUAUCAUGUAUUGCUUCUUUGGAACCUCCAGACACAUAUCCAUAGGUCCGUUUGCUGUGAUUAGCCUGAUGAUUGGCGGUGUGGCUGUUCGCUUAGUACCAGAUGAUAUAGUCAUUCCGGGAGGAGUAAAUGCAACCAAUGGUACCGAGGCAAGAGACGCCUUGAGGGUCAAAGUUGCCAUGUCCGUGACCUUGCUCUCCGGAAUCAUUCAGUUUUGCCUAGGUGUCUGUAGGUUUGGAUUUGUGGCCAUCUAUCUCACAGAGCCCCUGGUCCGUGGGUUCACCACCGCAGCAGCUGUGCACGUCUUCACGUCUAUGCUAAAAUACCUGUUUGGAGUUAAAACAAAGCGGUACAGUGGGAUCUUUUCAGUGGUGUAUAGUACAGUUGCUGUGUUGCAGAAUGUUAAAAACCUCAACGUGUGUUCCCUAGGCGUCGGGCUGAUGGUUUUUGGUUUGCUGUUGGGUGGCAAGGAGUUUAAUGAGAGAUUUAAAGAGAAAUUGCCAGCACCGAUUCCUUUAGAGUUCUUUGCGGUGGUCAUGGGAACUGGCAUUUCAGCCGGGUUUAACCUGAAAGAAUCAUACAAUGUGGAUGUCGUUGGAACACUUCCUCUGGGGCUACUACCUCCAGCCAAUCCGGACACCAGCCUCUUCCACCUUGUGUAUGUGGAUGCCAUUGCCAUAGCCAUCGUUGGAUUUUCCGUGACCAUCUCAAUGGCCAAGACCUUGGCAAAUAAACAUGGCUACCAGGUUGAUGGCAAUCAGGAACUCAUUGCCCUGGGACUGUGCAAUUCCAUUGGCUCACUCUUCCAGACCUUUUCAAUUUCUUGCUCUUUGUCUCGAAGCCUUGUUCAGGAAGGGACUGGAGGGAAGACACAGCUCGCAGGUUGUUUGGCCUCACUGAUGAUUCUCCUGGUCAUAUUAGCCACCGGAUUCCUCUUUGAAUCAUUACCCCAGGCUGUGCUGUCAGCCAUUGUGAUCGUCAACCUGAAAGGAAUGUUUAUGCAAUUCUCAGACCUCCCCUUUUUCUGGAGAACCAGCAAAAUAGAACUGACCAUCUGGCUUACCACUUUUGUUUCCUCCUUGUUCCUGGGACUGGACUAUGGUUUGAUUACUGCUGUGAUCAUUGCUCUGCUGACUGUGAUUUACAGAACACAGAGUCCUAGCUACAAAGUCCUCGGGCAGCUUCCUGACACUGAUGUAUAUAUCGAUAUAGAUGCAUAUGAGGAGGUGAAAGAAAUACCUGGAAUAAAAAUAUUCCAAAUAAAUGCUCCAAUUUAUUAUGCAAAUAGUGACUUGUAUAGCAGUGCAUUAAAAAGAAAGACCGGAGUGAACCCAGCACUCAUUAUGAGCGCCAGAAGAAAGGCCGUGAGGAAGUACGCCAAGGAGGUCGGGAAUGCAAGUGUGGCCAACGCCGCUGUUGUCAGAGCGGAUGCAGAAGUGGACGGAGGAGACGGCACCAAGCCUGAAGAAAAUGAAGAUGAAGUGAAAUAUCCCCCAAUAGUCAUUAAAAGCACAUUUCCUGAAGAAGUGCAAAGAUUUAUGCCCCCAGGGGAUAACAUCCACACCGUCAUUCUGGAUUUUACACAAGUCAACUUUAUUGAUUCUGUCGGUGUAAAAACUCUGGCAGGGAUUGUGAAAGAAUACGGAGAUGUCGGCAUUUAUGUGUAUUUAGCAGGAUGCAGUCCACAAGUUGUGAAUGACCUCACUCAAAAUCAGUUUUUUGAAAAUCCCGCCCUAAGGGAGCUGCUGUUCCACAGCAUCCAUGACGCAGUGCUAGGCAGCCAGGUUCGGGAGGCGCUGGUUGAGCAGGAAGCCUCAGCCCUGCCUCCCCAGGAGGACCUAGAGCCCAACGCCACUCCUGAAGCGUAGAGGAGGAACUCAGCCUGGGAUGGGGUGUGAGCUGCUUGUGAAACUACCAAUUUACACAUUUUAAAUACUAGACACUAGCUUUAUUUUUCUAAGGGUAAAUACUAGUAAAGGCUUGAUUUGGAGGGUGAAUGAUGCAUAGCAAGAUGUAUCUUACUUGUGGUUUGCUUGUUUUUUUUCAUUGAAUAUUUCAAAGAUAAAUUAGCCUUUUGCCUGCAUUUUUGUGCAGUGACAUUUCUGUUACUUUUUAGUAGGGUCUUGGUAAGCUUAAAGAUUUAUUUUCUUUAAGCACUUUACCUACAAUUCAGACAUGCUGCCACCAGGUGCGUGGUACUUCCUUUUGUAGGUGUUGGUCUACAGACUUUGUGUAAUCAGAGUUACCAACAGAGGAGGGAGACCCACAGUUUUCUCAAGCCCUUCUUUUAAAAUAACCUUUUAUUAUUAUCAAAGCAAUGUAAGUGAACUGCAAACAAUUUUUUUAAAUAGGAAAGCAAAAGUAAGAAAUAAAAACAUUCUAUUGCCACCACUCAAAUAUCACUAACACUUUAAUGCAUCCAUAUCCUUCCAGAUCUUUUUCUAUGCAUAUAUAUUUACAUCUUUUAACCAAAAGUAGAUCAUAGUGUAUAUAAUGGUCUGUAACCUCUCCUUUUUUUGUUCAGUCAACAAUCUCUACUUUCUCAUUCCAGAAAAUUUUUACCUCAGGCCAUAUUCACAUUUCCCCAGUUGUCUCCAAAUUUGUAACUGGUCUGUCCAAACUAGUACCCAGUCUAUGACCUUAUGCUACAGCUGGUCAUGUCCCUUAAGUCUGUCUUAAUCUAGCUCAGUCCCUUGUAUGAUGGCAUUGACUUGGUAAGGAGACGGGGGCAGUUAUCCCAUAGCAUCCCAACUUGUGAAUGUGUCUGCUUGCUUUCUGAAGGUGUUAGCUUGUCCUUUGAUUUCCUGAACUACCUAUAAUCUAGAAAUUAUAUCUAAAAGCUUCAUGGAUUUGAAUAAAACUUUUUUUGCUAGAAUAUAUCAUAAAUGAGACAAAUACUUCAAAGGGCAUCACUCCAGAAAAUAUGUAAUAUCAACUUGACUCACCCCAACGAUGCUAAGGUAGUCACUGGAUUAACAUGACAGCCUAAUCCCCAGUUUCACUCUCUUCUUUAUGACUAGUGAGUUAUCUAGGUGGUGUUCCUUUGGCAUUGAAUGAAUGCCCAGUUCCCCAGCAGCAUUCACCCAGGGGUUUUAACAUCCAGUGAUAAUCUUUGCCUAAGUAAUUUUAUUAAGGUUUGUAGAUUUUUUUUCCAAUUCUCUCAUUUCAUCUGCAUUUAUUAGUUGGUGUUACCAUGUAAACUACAUACAGCUUCCCCUCCUCAACUGGAGCCUAAGUACAGUUCUUACUGGAAAGGCAGGUUAAAUGUUGCGUCUUUUCCAUUUAAUUACCAACUGCAAAGUAAGGAGUUGGUUUAAUAGCUGGUGACAAAUUAGGUUCUUUUGGAUUUCUUCUUUGGUAUAAUUGUAGACUCCUAAUUUUUAUAGUUUUAAUAUGCUUCCAUCAAUUAUGGUUAUUCUUUUUAGCACUUAAAUUGUUAACAACUGCAGCCAGUAGGAGCCCCUAGAAGUUUUAUUGUUAAUAGUGAAGUAGCCUUGAAGACUAUGUUAUUUAAGAAAGCUAACUCCUACAUACAGUUCAGUAUCUUCCUUAGAAGUCCAUACAAGUUCAGUUAGUUCUUCAUCAAACUCAGUUUGAACUCUUUCUGUCGGUGAAGCACUUUACAGCUAUUCAGAAGGAGUGGGGGGAACUUUAAGCCAACUUAUCAUCAGAAGGCCUUGCUCCCCUGGUCCUCACGACCCACUCAUUCCAAAUCAAAGCACAAACUUUAGCCAAACAGCCUAAAGCCCCCUCUGCUAAGAUUUCCUACUCAUAGUCAGUUUGUCCUUUACUAUGUUGCCUUGACUCCUUGUUUUAGUUUUCAUGAAGAAAACCCCACCUGGAGAAAAGCAGUUAGGUCCCAGGAAAGAACUAUGUUAGCAUGCAUCUAUGCCAGACCAAACCCUAUGGUUUGUUUGCUUUAAUUCCCAUCAGGUUUCUUAGUGACUUGACUAAUCUAAUUCAAAGUAGACCUCCUCCUUUCUAGUUAAUACUUUAGCUAUAAAAUCAAAUUAGAUUUGCACUCAGUUACUUCCUUUACAAUCAUCACACACAAGAUCAGAUACAUCUGCAUUCUGAUACAGACUGCCUUCUGAAAGAGCAUAUAUUUGUAGAACCUAGACUUAUACUAGAAACUUUUGUAAAAGGGCCGGCAACAUGUCAGCCAUUCAAGUAGAACUUACAGAUUUUAAAUAAUGUUAUAAAAUAUUGCUUACU